GUGUCACGUUAACUACUCCCCCCCUUCCAUAUUCCCAACGGACCAAAAGAAAGAGAGGGGAAAAUGCACCUCUUCUCCUCGUCUCCUCUCUCUCUCGAGCGAUCGAAGAGGAGUUGAUGAACGCUCGGCGAAGAGAGCCUAUAUAAAGGGAGCGAGAGGGGGGAGGAGGAGAGAGAGGUGGGAGGAGAGAGAGAGAGAGAGGGCGAUGUCGUGCUCGUCGUCGUCGUCGGGAUCGGGGGAGGAGGACGAGGGCGUGGACGCGUAUCGCAAGGGAGGGUACCACGCGGUGAGGGUCGGGGAUCAGUUCGCGGGGGGGCGAUACGUCGCACAGAGGAAGCUCGGGUGGGGCAACUUCUCCACCGUGUGGCUCGCCUACGACACCAGAUCCCAGAGAUUUGUAGCUCUUAAAAUUCAGAAAAGUGCAGCAGAUUUUGCUCAAGCUGCUCUUCACGAGAUUGAAUUUCUUUCAGCAAUAACCAAAGAAGAUCCUUCAAAUUCCAAAUGCAUAGUUCAGUUGCUGGACCACUUCAAGCAUGCCGGCCCAAAUGGGCAGCAUAUUUGCCUCGUAUUUGAAUUUCUUGGAGACAGUCUACUUCGGUUAAUACGGUACAACCAUUAUAAAGGCAUUGGACUGAACAGGGUUAGAGACAUAUGCCGUUCAAUCUUGGUGGGCCUCGACUACUUGCACAGAGAACUUGGUAUAAUCCAUUCAGAUUUGAAGCCAGAGAAUGUUCUUCUUGUUACGACCAUCAAUCCUGCAAAGGAUCCAGUACGUUCUGGUUUUACACCUAUUCUUGAGAGGCCUGAGGGGAACCCUAAUGGAGGAGUUGUGGUUAAUUUAAUUGAGAAAAAACUGAAGAAGAAGGCAAAAAGGGCAGUAUCAAGGAUCUCUGAGAGAAGAUCAUCGACUGCAGGAGUUUCCUUGCGGGAAAGGAACUUGGAAGGGAUAGAUUUGAGAUGCAAGAUUGUGGAUUUUGGAAAUGCUUGUUGGGUUGAUAAACAAUUCACGGAUCAUAUACAGACAAGGCAGUAUAGGGCUCCUGAGGUUGUUCUCGGUGCUGGAUACUCAACUUCUGCCGAUCUUUGGUCUUUCGCUUGCAUCGCUUAUGAGCUUGCAACUGGUGAUAUGAUGUUUACACCCAAGGAAGGUCAAGGAUUCAGUGAAGACGAGGAUCACUUGGCACUAAUGAUGGAGCUCCUUGGAAAGAUGCCUCGAAAGAUUGCUAUUUCGGGAUCCCGAUCGAAGGAGUACUUCGACCGGCAUGGAGAUUUAAAGAGAAUCCGAAGACUUAAAUUCUGGCCAUUGGACAGGCUGCUUGUCGAGAAGUACAAAUUCUCCGAUUCCGAUGCCCAUGAAUUUGCUGACUUUUUGUGCCCUCUGCUUGAUUUUGCUCCCGAAAAACGGCCAACAGCUGGGCAAUGUUUGCAACACCCAUGGCUUAGGAGCAUAGAUGCAAAGCUUAUCGAGGAAAAUAAGGAAGCCACUGUAAAAAAGCUGGAGAUUGGCAUGAAUAAGGUUCAAAUUGGAAGGGGCAUGUGAGAAUGCUCUCUUGCCGCAAACAAAUCCUCAUGAUUUUGUUUAGUGUUUCGCAGAAAUAUACAGUAUGAUACAUCUCCUUUGGAGCACACAUCGUGAUUCAGGGAGCAGGAUGAUGGGGAAAACACCGUAAAUCAUUAUCAUUCAUGAAUUCCGAAAACUAUGUGCUUACAUACGGUUAAAUCGGUUUAGAAUCUGGAUUUAAGCUUGAGGAACAAGAACAGGAUCCACGGUGGUUUGUCAACUUAAUGAAAACAGUUAGCUUUGUAUGCUAACCAUUUACGUUCAAUUACCUGUUUGUUUCUUUAUGACCUUUUAUAUAAGGAAAAGAAGAGCUCAUCCAUGAGAUUUUAGCUGGACCUCGAGCUUUUCUUGGAGGGUGCUGCCCUAUGUGGGGCCGGGAUUCCUUUUUGGAUGACUUUGCUUUUCAAGUGUGAGUUGUAUUUUGUGAAUUAUACGAGUAUUGUGAUUAAUUCUUGUGUACAAGAUUACAAGUUAUUAUUCUUUUUAAAUAAAGCCCGUACUAAACACGAUUGAACAUGGA